AUGCCAGAUGUCCUCAAGAGGGACCCCGCCCUCUCCCACGUGGUCUCCAUCUCCCAGUGUCCCUCCAGCCCCCACACAGCCCAGCCUGAGGUCCUCCGUCUCGGGGGCACCAGCACCCAUACCAACCCAGCAUCUGCCACGAAGACCAAUCCCCUCCUACAGCUGCAGGUCCUGGAGGCACCAGAUGGGCCGCGCAGCCAGGAGUGGACCUCCCCUGGGCGGUGGCAGGCGGGCUGCACGCUGAGGUUCGAGACCCAGAGAGAGGACGUGGGCUCUGGCCUCGAGGCCCUGACUGGAAGCCCGAUCUCGGUGGACGACUGUCCUCCGGGCUUGGGAAGCGCCCCGCCCACCCCACCUUCCUCAGUCCUGAUGAGGCCCCUCCCUCGGGUCAUCCGCAAGAGUGGGGGAGUGGGCCACCAAGGGACAGGCGAGGAGCUGACCAGCCCACAAGGUGCUGCCUCAGAGGAGCGGUCAGGCCUCAGGGUCACCCUCUGCCCGGGGGCUGGUCUGGGGCUCCAGGCAAGGUUCAGGGUGGAGGUGAGAACCCGCCGCGAAGAGGCGUCGUGGAGUCAGGACAGAGAGCACGUGGCUGGGGUGAGCCGCGGUGCCGACCCUUCCUGGGGGAAGGACGAUUCUAAGAGGUCCUCACGGCUGCGCCCCUCCCCACAGGCUAAGCUGGGACCCUCCUGGGAUGCUGAGGAGAUCUGGGACCCUCCCACCCACAGACACAACAACCUGCUUGCCCAGGGCCAGGAGAGCCAGGAGGAGCACGGGGUCCCUGACACGUCCCCGUAUCUGCUGGUUACACGGCCGGCCCUCCCCUUGUCCAGGCAGCUCUACAAUCUAGGAGAUUUCUCAUCGCAGGUGAACAGCCCAGAGGACCAGCUGGGCCUCAGAUUCCACCCCACAGAGCCAGGCCAGCAUCAGAGACGGCACUGCCAGGGUCGCAAAACCACCGAGGAGCUACCUCUGGCCGGCCUGUGCGCCCAGGUGGACCUGUGUCCCGGCUGCUUCCGCUGCACCCAGCGGCUUGAUGAAAAGACCUACCUCCUGAGCAGGGUGGAGCACAGCUGCCAAGAGAUCCCGCUGGCCCGCCUGAAGCCAGCCGCCAGGAGCAGGGUGCGGUGUGAGGCAGACCGCCCGCCCACGAUCCCGCGGCUCACGCGGCCAGGUCUGCCGCUCCUACAGCCGGGGCUCGGCUGCCGGCGCCACCCCAACCAGCGCCCCUUUGCCAGGAGCCCCGAGGGGGCGCUGGUCUGGACCUUUGAGCGUGAGCACUGCGGCAGCCGUCUGGGGCUGAAGACCCGGGUGCGGGGCAGCGGGGCCCGGGGUGAGCUGCGCAUGGCCGAGGCCAUCCGCGCCGUGGGGGGCCGCUUCCUGCAGCUUUGCUCUCUCUGCUUCCAGCGCUGCCCGCCACGCCUCAGCCCCCUGGGCUCCCGGGGCUGCUGCCCCAGGCACGGAGCCUGCCCCUCUCUCCUUUCCCACCCGCUGGCCUUCUGCAAGUUGGUGGGGCGCGGGUGGCUGUGCGGGCAGGGCGACCACAGCGCCAUGGAGGUGGCCGUGUGGGAGGCUGAGGAGCUGAGUCUCCAUCACAGGGAGAUGCUCACGCCCGCCCUCACUGGGGAUGGGCACACACACCCCCACGGCCAGCCCCCCGGCGUCCAGCUGUACUGCCCCGCCUGCCAGGCCACCUGCGGCUCCCGGAAGGCCUUCAAGAACCACUGUUCCCCCCUGGAGCAUACACAGAUGCUGGCCUUAGACAUGGCUGUGCCCUGGAAGCACCGCAGCCUGCCUGCCGGGCUUUCCAUGCUGGAGCUCUGCCCGAGGCCCAACCUCUGUGAGUUCGGGGACAUGUGCACCAAGGUGCAUUCAGAGCAGGAGCUGCAAGAGUGGACCCAGCGCGCCGGGACCGUGGCGCUGAGGGAGCACACAGCCUGGCGGGAGGGGCUGCUGCCUUACCAGGCCCGGCCGCUGGCCGAAUACCAGCAGAGCCGCAGUGAGGUCCUGCUGGCCGCUGAAGGCGUAUCUAUGCACUUCAGCCAGCCCCUGGCGCAUCAGGUCCAGGAGAAGCAAACUCAGCACGCCUGGACCUUCACUGUCCACUCCGAGGCACCCCUGCUACACGUGGCCCUGCUCAAGCAGGCGCCGGGAGCAGACUUCUCACUGGCGGCCCCCAGCCUCUCUCCGGGCCGGGUCUUCAUGCUGGGGAAGCGCUUCUGCACGUCUGGCUCCCCAGCCCAGUUCCGGGUUGGGGUGCGUGUGCAGAGCUCUUGCUUCGGCACCAUCCAGCAAUGGGUGGUCUUCCACUUCUGCCCCUGGCCAGUGCUGCUGAGGAAGCUGGAGCUGCAGCUGGGCCAGGCGCACUCCUGGGGGCUCUGGGGGACGCCAGUGCCUGGGCUUCCGGAGGAGCUGGCCUGGCAUGCUGGCAACUGCCACGUGGGGCCUGGCGUGGAGAGGACGGCCAAGUACAAGGUGCCUGCUCUGGGCCUGGAGCUCUGUCCCGGCGGCCCCGCCGGGCCCAUCUCCGCCGCCAGCUACCGGCAGAGGCUGCACCAGCGUCUCCACGAGGAGGAGGCGGCUCUGCAGCAACUGGUGGCCGAGUGGGCCACGGCUCUGGUCAGCUGACCCGUGACCUCCCCACCAGGCUGAACCUUCGGGCCGGUAUCCCUGAAGACGGCGCUGGAGACGCCAGCCCUGGGCAUCCUCUUCCCGCCACCAGGAGCGCUGUACGCGCAGGUGCCCAUCCCCUCCCUGGUGCCAGACACGGACAAGGGCUUUCUGCUGGGCUGAGCGGUCAGCACAGCCCUCGUGGCCCCUGUGCCUGCGCCUGACCUCAGGGUGCUUGAGGCCCCCGUGGAGAACCGGGCCAGCUCGGAGCAGGCGCCGUGGCUGCUGCCGCCCACCCACUACUGCGCAUCCCUGGGGCUGCAGCCCGAGACCAGGCGGAUCUUAGAAGUCCAGUUCCAGAUGGACCCGCUGGCCUUCCUCCACUGGCACCAGGCCAUGGACGCACUGCCCGAGGAGCAGCUGGUGCUGCCCAACCCGCUGGCCUGUGCCCUGCCCUCGCCCGUUCUACCCGCCCUGCCAGGCAACAGCAGGCAGAAGCUGCCAGUGGCGGUCACCAUGGGGACCAGCCCAGGGGGCACGCAGCCCAUCGCCCCGCUGCCGAUUUGCGGCCCCUUUGGCACGGGCAAGACCUAUGCACUGGCCAUGGCCUCCCUGGAGGUCGCCCGCCAGCCCCACACCAAGGUGCUCAUCUGUACGCACACCGACAGGGCAGCAGACAUCUAUAUCGCCUAGCAUUUCCACAGCCACGCCAGCAGCGGUCACCCCAAGGCCACUCCACUCUGGGUAAUGGACACGGGCUGCCCACUGAGCCAGACAGACGCGGCCACGCUGCGCUACUGUUGCCUGACCAAGGACUGCCGGGCCUUCCGCGUGCCGAUGUGGGCCGAGCUGGAGCGACACUGCAUCGUGGUCGCCACCGCGUCCCAGGCCCGCAAGCUCAGGGUGCCCGCCAGCUUCUUCUCCCACAUCCUCAUCGACGAGGCCACCCAGACGCUGGAGUGAGAGACGCUCACCCCGCUACGCUGCACCACGCCCGGCAUCUGCCUGGUCCUGGCGGGGGACCGCAUGCAGGUUGCGCCCAGGCUCCCGCGCCACGGGGGCCCCGCGGCAGGACCCACGCUGUUGCACCGCCUGGUCCAGCACUACCAGGAGGGGACGCACACGGCUGCCGAGAGGAGCCACGUCACUGUGCCCGGGAACCACCGCUGCACCGAGGCCAUCGUCAGCUUUGUCUCCCGCCACUUCUACGUGGCCGGGGGCAGCCCCAUCCACGCCAGUGGCAAGAUCCUGCACCACCCCCAGCGCUAACCUCUCACUUUCUGCCACGUGGCGGGCAGUCCGGAGCACGACAUGUCUACGACAACUUGGCUGGACACGGCCGAGGUCGUUCAGGUCGUUGAGAAGGUACAGGAGGUCUAUGACACCUGGCUCCACUGCUGGGGCCCCCAGGAGCAGAGGGCCAUCUGCGCGGUGUCCCACGGUGCUCAGGUGAGCAUGCUGAGGCAGGAGCUGAGGAAGAGGGACCUGGGCCAGGUCUCUGUGUGCAGCUUGGAGAUCCUGCCAGGGCACCCACCCUUGUGAGUGGUGGUGCUGACCAUGGUACACACCCACCGGAGCCUGCUGAACCCGGGGGCACCUGCCCUGGAGUUCUUCACGGACGCUCGCAUGCUCAGCACCGUCAUGAGCAUGCCGGCCCGGGGGGUCCAGGACCGGCAUGAGACCUGGUGUCCCUGGGAAGGGGCUGGCGCCCUGGGAGGGGAUCCAGAUGACAAGACCCCUGCGGGGGUGCAGGGCUGUGAUGGAGGUGCCCCAGGCGGCUGUCAUGUGCUCCACCCAGAUUUCUGCAGCCCCCUCACACCCUCAGGCCUGCUCCCAGGACUGAGGAACUUCACCUGCUCCUCAGGGUGCAUUUUUGUCCUGCCUUCUGUGGAAACCUCUGCCCCCGACCCCAGCCCUUCCCGAGGCAGCUCGGACCUUGGAAACCGCUCUCAGUGCAAUUCAACUUCCCCAUGGCCUCUGUGCAGUGGCGACAGCCCGCCUGCGGCCGUGUGUACCAGGCAGCGAACGCGUCCAGCUGAGAGAGAGGCCCGCGAGGCACAAAGGCGCGGGCACGAUGGGGCGGGGCGGACGCGGACCUGUGCCCCGGCCUCCAUGGCCACACCGGGAGGGCGCUUCGGAGCCUCCCACAGCCGGGUACCUGCGGUGGCACCGCCUUACCCGGACAUCCAGGAGGAAGCCCCUCAGCCACGCGAUGCCACAGAUAGCAUGACAGUGCGGCUGGACCCUCUGGGUGGCAUACAGCAGCACAUAGGCGGCUGGAGAGGCCUGGGAGGGGAGCCACAGGCUGAGACCGUACCAGCCCUGCAGAGGACACUGGCCAUAGCUGGGGGGCCUGCUGUCCUAGUGACCAUCACGGUGUGCGUGGUGGUGGACGGAAAGCUGGAAGUGAGCGAGCUGCUGGCCGAGCUGCGGGGCACGUGA